AGAGUAGAUAAGCCCUAAAGAAGAUCCCAUUUCCGCCUCGAGCAGCUGCUGCGAGAGUGCCAGAUUCGCUGAUACAGGCAACCAACCAAACAAAAAAAAAAUGGCAGAACAAGAAUCAGACAAGAACAUCGAGAUUUGGAAAAUCAAGAAACUAAUCAAAGGCCUCGAAAGCGCGAGAGGCAACGGCACAAGCAUGAUCUCUCUCAUAAUGCCUCCCCGUGACCAAGUCGCCCGCGUCACCAAGAUGCUCGCCGACGAGUACGGAACCGCCUCGAACAUCAAGAGCCGCGUCAACCGCCAGUCCGUCCUCUCUGCCAUCACCUCAGCUCAGCAAAGGCUCAAGCUUUACAACAAAGUCCCCCCCAACGGCCUCGUCCUCUACACGGGCACCAUCGUCACAGACGACGGCAAGGAGAAGAAAGUCACCAUCGACUUCGAGCCUUUCAAGCCCAUCAACGCUUCCCUCUACCUCUGCGACAACAAGUUCCACACCGAGCCUUUGAACGAGCUUCUCGAGAGCGAUGACAAGUUUGGGUUCAUUGUCAUGGACGGGAACGGGACUUUGUUUGGGACUUUGAGUGGGAACACGAGAGAGGUCCUUCAUAAGUUCACUGUUGACCUCCCCAAGAAGCAUGGGAGGGGAGGACAGUCCGCGCUUCGGUUCGCCAGGCUUAGGAUGGAGAAGAGGCAUAACUACGUGAGGAAGACUGCAGAGCUUGCGACUCAGUUCUACAUCAACCCCGCUACUAGCCAGCCUAAUGUCUCUGGGUUGAUCCUUGCCGGUUCCGCGGAUUUCAAGACCGAGUUGAGCCAGUCUGAGCUCUUUGAUCCUCGUCUGCAAGCUAAGAUACUAAAUGUGGUUGAUGUCUCCUACGGAGGAGAGAACGGUUUCAACCAAGCCAUCGAGCUCUCUGCUGAGAUUCUAUCCAACGUGAAGUUCAUUCAGGAGAAGAAGCUGAUUGGGAAGUACUUCGAGGAGAUCAGUCAAGACACUGGUAAAUACGUUUUCGGGGUUGAUGAUACUUUGAAGGCGUUGGAUAUGGGUGCGGUUGAGACGCUGAUAGUGUGGGAGAAUCUUGACAUCAAUAGGUAUGAGCUGAAGAACGGUGCCACAGGGGAGACUGUGAUUAAGCAUUUGGGGAAGGAGCAGGAGAACGAUCAGAGCAAUUUCCAUGAUGCGGAGAGCAAUGCGGAGCUGGAAGUUGUGGAGAAGAUGCCUCUGCUUGAAUGGUUUGCUAAUGAGUAUAAACGUUUUGGCUGUACGCUUGAGUUUGUGACUAAUAAGUCGCAAGAAGGGUCACAGUUCUGUAGAGGGUUUGGUGGGAUUGGUGGGUUGUUGAGGUACCAGCUUGAUAUGAGGACUUUCGAUGAGCUAUCGGAUGGUGAAGUGUAUGAAGAUUCGGAUUAAGGGAGGGGAAGAAAUGUGGUAUAAGAUCUCAAAGAAGGAUUUGAAGUUGGGGGAAAAGUUUAUCUUUUACUUUUACUGUCUCUGUAUUAUCUUCCUUUUUUAAAAAAUGUACGAGACAUUUGAACU